ACGUCAAAUGCACGCAUGCCCUUUAUAUACCAUUGAAUAUACAUACCACUGCUGCUCCUCCUCUCUGACUCCCCUCCAUCCACACCCCAUAACCACGUGAGAAACAGCAGUCGUGCUCGGCCCCGCUCUAAAUCACCUCCAGCUCCCCCACGUCGGCGGCUCUGAGGUACUCUUGAUAGCCACCACACUCCUUCACGCGACCACUGCAACCAGCAGCUAGCACCGCUCGCUGCCUGCCCAUUACCGAACUCAGCUCCCUCCCCUCUCCCCUCUUCUCCACACCCUCACAUUUCGACCGUAUCUUACUCCCACAAUGGCCUCCAAUCGUGCCAGGCGUAUCGCCAAAGAGAUCGCCGACAUCAAAAACGAUAAGCUCUCGCAGAUCCUAGUAGAGCCUGCAGGGAACGGCGAUGAUCUUACACAUCUUCACGGCCAGUUCUUUGGACCGCCAGACACACCGUACGAGGGUGCCACAUACCAUGUCGACAUCAAGAUCCCUAGCGAGUAUCCAUUUCGACCACCGAACAUGAAGUUCGAGACCAAGAUAUGGCACCCCAAUGUCAGCUCGCAGACAGGCGCCAUCUGCUUGGACACAUUAUCGUCACAAUGGUCGCCAGUCCUGACGAUCAAAUCCGCCCUUAUCUCCCUCCAGUCCCUCCUCUCCACCCCCGAACCGAAAGACCCACAAGACGCAGAGGUUGCCAGCAUGCUGAUCCGCAACCCCGCUGAGUUCGAGCACAAGGCCCGCGAGUGGGCGGUCAAGUACGCCGGCGCCCCCAAGAAGGAGAUGGCUGAAGGCAGCGGUGGUGCUACAGCAGAGUCGAUCACAAAGAAACGCCAGGAGGCCAAACACAAUGAAGAGAAGGUCAAGCUGGCAGCGUACCACGGAUACAACAAAGACCUCGUCGACCGAUUUGUCGCCAUGGGGUUCGACGUCGAAGCGGUGGUUGGCGCAUUCGAGUACGUUGGUAUCGACAAGAUGGGGGGUGAGGACUAUGAAUUGGAGGAAGCGUACAUGGGCGACAUCACUGCGCGACUGUUCGGCGAGGCGUGAGGCGGCAAGCAAGAGCGAAGAAGACCUUAGUGACAAGAAGAGGCUUGGAUGCACAGGCGUUUGUCAUUCAGAUUAUACACCAUCAUCGGCGGCGGCGUCCGGUAUUGUUCACACAUGUACUGUACUCAGACAUGUUUCAUGACUUUGUUCACAACAGAAGAAUCCAAUUGAGUGGUCAAA